AGUUGGGGUGACGUCAUGUGAGAUUAUCACGUGGCCGGCUCGGAUCAGCUGACCGCUGUUGUUCCGGAUUUAUUUUCUUUUUUUUUGUUUCUCUGUGUUCACUUCAGAUUUUUCGGACUUUCUUUUCAGAGCCGAUCCGAUACAACCCAGCCAUGAGUGCAUCGGACAGUGAUGAGGAGCUCUACAAUGAGCGGACGGCUCUGGUUCCAUCAGAGAACCCCGCGGUUCCGUCUUACAUACCGGACUUGGACCACAGCCCAACAGAGGACUCCCACAGUAAAGCGGCGGGGUUUGGAAGGCGGACUCGUCCAGGUGGCUGCGGUGGUUUGGAUCAGGAGGCGGAGCUCGAGGAGGAGGAGGAGGAGCUUUCCCUAAAGUACGGAGCAAAGCAUGUCAUCAUGCUGUUCGUCCCCGUCACCCUCUGCAUGGUGGUUGUGGUCACAACCAUCAAGUCCAUCGGCUUCUACUCUGAGAAGACCACCCAGCAGCUGAUCUACACGCCCUUCACAGAGGACACCCCGAACGUGGGCCGUCGGCUGCUGAACUCCGUGCUGAACACCAUCAUCAUGAUCAGCGUCAUCGUAGUCAUGACCAUCCUGCUGGUGGUCCUCUACAAGUACCGCUGCUACAAGUUUAUCCAUGGAUGGCUCAUCCUGUCUUCCCUCAUGCUGCUCUUCUGGUUCAGCUUCAUGUAUCUGGGUGAGGUGUUUAAGACGUAUAACCUAGCAGUGGAUUAUCUGACGGUGGCUAUGAUCGUCUGGAACUUCGGGGCGGUGGGGAUGGUGUGCAUCCACUGGAAGGGGCCCCUGCAGCUGCAGCAGGCCUACCUGAUCGUCAUCAGCGCCCUCAUGGCCUUGGUCUUCAUCAAGUACCUCCCCGAGUGGUCCACCUGGGUCAUCCUGGCAGCCAUCUCCGUCUAUGACCUCGUGGCCGUCCUCAGUCCUAAAGGACCCCUCCGGAUGCUGGUGGAAACGGCUCAGGAGCGGAACGAGCCGAUCUUCCCCGCCCUCAUCUAUUCCUCCGCCAUGAUGUGGACUGUGACCAUGGCCAAUCCGUCUGAUGCUCAGCACUCCGACACAGAUGACGAGGCGGAGCUAAAUAGCAGGAGGGCAGUGCCUGCGAGCCGACAACCAAAUCAGACGCAUGAAGAUGAGCUGGAAGAGGAACGCGGCGUGAAGUUGGGGCUGGGAGACUUCAUCUUCUACAGCGUCCUGGUUGGAAAAGCUGCAGCGACUGGAGGAGACUGGAACACCACUCUGGCCUGCUUCGUGGCCAUCCUCAUCGGUCUGUGCCUGACGCUGCUCCUCUUGGCCAUCUUUAAGAAAGCUCUGCCUGCACUGCCCAUAUCCAUCACCUUUGGCCUCAUCUUUUACUUCUCCACCGACUUCCUGGUUCAGCCUUUCAUGGACAGCUUAGCCAAUCACCAGUUCUACAUCUGAGAUGAAGCUCCGCCCCAUUCCUGCCCACCUCCUCCUUGUUGGUCUCACAGUCUGCUGAUCUGCCUGCUACUGCCAUCCGAUGUGACGCACAAAGACCCCUCCUGAGCAGCAGGAAGUGAUGUCAUACGCUCUCUGACCUUAUGGUGUCACCUGGUGGUCUCCGCUCUGCGUUUUCAGAGGAGAUGCCCUCGGAUGUUUCCAAUUGAUAUGCAACGACCGGGAUCUGAAAGUGGGUGGGGCCACAGGGUUAGUUAGGUUUUUUUUUUUUACUUCUCAUCUGAUUAAAUCCAACAUGUCCUCCUGCAGCUCCAAAUACACUACCCACAAUCCUCAGGUCAAAGAAGUCUGUUAAAUGUAAUCUCACUUGAACUCUGGGAUUGGACACUGCCUGUUGAAAAGCAUCAUGGGAGUUGUAGUUUCCCUGUAAUGUUUACAAGCUGUUUUAGAUAUUAUCCUUAAAGAAUUAAAUAUUUUACUACACUAUCAUCUGUCUAACCAGAGAACUCAAUUUCAAAAUAAAAGCCUCCCUGGAAGAACUAAAAGCAAAAAAUUUAAUUAACUUGGUCGUUUGUAAAACCUAGUUCAUUAUUUACAUGUGAUGAAAAGUUUCUUAUAUUAUUGACCCAUCUGGGCCUCCGUAUAUCGGAAUGUUGAUUUUCUGGGUUUGCCUUUUUUUUUUAUGAACCCUUUCAGCUUUUAUUUCUCUGUAAAUGUUAAAAUUAAAUGAACUUAACUGGAA